UUCUCUCUCUCUUCGGUGAUGAAACGUCCAAGUGUCUCGGUCGAAAAACAAACUGACCAAACAACUAUUGUAUUGUUUAGAAUCCACGCGAGAGCGACAAGGGAAGCAUACGAUGCGCCACGCCCUCCACAUCGCGGCCACCUACACACCAAACAAGCAGCCUCCAUCGGUGCUUUUCGCGAGGAAAUAAAAGUUCCACGCAGCGGGAACUCGAAGAAAUAUAUUAUUUUUAUACCCCACGCGACCUCGCCCCCCCUUCUCUUCUGCGCCCCCCCCCACUUCCGGGUAGCGUCGCUAUAUACUGUAUCGACUUUUCUGGUCGCCAUGGUGACACGUCACCGCUUUGGGCUGUAAGUUCCCACGGCAGCUCCACGCGCGUCCAAGUGUGCGAACCCGCGCACACGCGGAGCCGUCACGCUCGUCCACGCCAGUCCACCUGAGUCCGGGAGGGCGCGCGAGACAGUCGACGUACAUCCGUGUACGUGAGCGUGUGUCCCGGAGCUCAACCAAAGCUGUAAAACACACCGAAAGAGACGUUUUCUCACUGUGUGGUUAUUUUCUUUUAAAUCCCAAUGGAGGCAAGAGGACCAUUUAGUCGCCCUUUCCACUCGCCGAGGUGUCUGGCGGCGGCGGCGGCGGCCGCCGGGAGGUCCAAGUUAACCCACCCGGGCAAGGCGAUUCUGGCAGGCGGUAUUGCCGGGGGAAUUGAGAUUUGCAUUACCUUCCCUACCGAGUAUGUAAAGACCCAAUUACAGCUGGACGAGAAGGCCAACCCUCCAAAAUACAGAGGAAUAGGUGAUUGCGUGAGGCAGACUGUACAGAGUCACGGUGUCAAAGGACUCUACAGAGGACUCAGCUCGCUGCUCUAUGGAUCCAUUCCCAAAUCUGCAGUCAGGUUCGGAGUGUUUGAAUUCCUCAGUAACCACGCAAAGGAUGAGUUGGGUCGGCUGGACAGCACUCGAGGUCUGCUGUGCGGCCUGGGGGCUGGUGUGAUGGAGGCGGUCUUGGUGGUUUGCCCCAUGGAAACGAUCAAGGUUAAAUUCAUCCACGACCAGACGUCUGCAAACCCCAAGUACAGGGGCUUCUACCACGGCAUCAGAGAGAUCGUCAGAGCUCAAGGUUUAAGGGGAACGUACCAGGGUCUCACUGCCACCGUGCUCAAACAGGGCUCCAACCAGGCCAUUCGCUUCUAUGUGAUGACCUCGCUCAAGAACUGGUACAAAGGCAACGACCCCAAUAAAUCUAUCAAUCCUUUUGUUACCGGGGCCUUCGGCGCCAUAGCCGGAGCAGCCAGCGUGUUCGGAAACACCCCCCUCGACGUCAUCAAAACAAGGAUGCAGGGACUGGAAGCUCACAAGUAUAAGAGCACACUGGACUGUGCGGUGACCAUCCUGCGACAUGAGGGGGUGGCAGCUUUCUAUAAGGGGACCGUUCCUCGUCUGGGUCGCGUAUGUCUGGACGUGGCCAUCGUGUUCAUCAUCUACGAGGAGGUGGUCAAGGUUCUGAACAAGGUGUGGAAGACCGAGUGAGCCGCUUCAGACUGCGCAUGCCCCACUUCGGUACACAACUCUUGCUUUUGUUUGAAAUGAAAUAUUGCGAUACAGAGAGUGUUCGGUUUCACAUGAUAACAUCAAAAGAGCCACAUAGUUUUUUUUUUGUUUUUGACUCUGGUGGUCUGUUGGGGAUGUGCAACACAACGCUAAGAGGCAAUUUAACAACAUAGCUGGAAUAAAAAAAAAAUGCUCAUGUAUUUUUGGGAAUCAACUGCAAAAAACUAAUCUUUCAACGAUAUAUAUUUAAACUUAUUAACGUAGCUCUUGACUAUUUCAGCUUGCAUGUAUCGGACGUUAUUUUCGAUAAACUACAGUCGCAUUCAUAAACAAAGCCUUUAAAAGAAUGAUUUUACCUUAUGUAUAAACUGUUUAUUUUUAUACAUUAAUUUUUUUACUGUCAUGAUAUUUUCAUUCAUAAGUAUAGAUAUAUUUCAGCCCUGUGUUAGGUGCCAAAUAAAAUAAAUAAUUUACAAAGGUAUGAGAUAUUUCAAAUAUUAUGACAUAUUUAUUAAGAGUUGAAUGUUUGCCUUUCUGGCUUUAAAAAAAAAAAAGAGAAAAAAUUGUAAUUGCUGUUGUGUCAUCGUCUUUAGCCCAAAUUUCCAGUCUGGAUGUAAAAGUGGGGGAAAAAAAAACAUUUAUCCAUAAUAGCUGUAUGUAUUUAAAAUGUAGCUGUGAGAGCCGAGAUGAAGACCUCCAAGCGCUUUUGACCUUAACGGGCUGUCUUUGGUUUACUUUUUAUCUUUUCUCAAGCUUGUUUACUUACAACUUUUUUUUUUUUUUUUUUUUUUGUGUUGCGGUUCUUGUGCAAAUGUAGCAGGAAAUUGUAUAAAGGAAGAAAUGAGAAUCUCAAAACAAAUAGCACAUCAAAAAUGAAAUGGUCUGUGUUCAGCUAUUGAAGAUGCGCGUUUAUUUUUGUUUUACUUUUGUGUGCAACAUGCUACAAAGUGCUCCUGAGAACAGGCUCUCUUUGUGGCGUGUGCUCCAUUGAGAGGAGGCAUAAAACUGUUCACUCGUGUGCCUUUCGUGUCAAUAUCACCACGAAGUGCUUUUGGCGUCCUCGUCAAGAUCAUCUUGAAAAUGGUGCAAGACACCAGUACGUGUCUUUAAAUAUGCUUCCGUGUAUUUUUUUUCUUUGCUGAAUGUAAGUGGCAGCCACUGACGGUGUAGCGGUACACACACCUGCCUUUGGUGCGAGUAGCGUGGGAUCGAUUCCCGCUCAGUGCUGAUGUUGAUAUCUGCCCUGCGACUGACUGGCGACCAAUUCAGGCUACUGUCCGCCUUUCGCCCAAAACUAACUGGGAUAGGCUCUAGCUGUCCCGCACCCUUGUGAGGAUAAGCAGCUUGGAUAAUGACAUGACAUGUAAGUGAUUUUAGCAUGUCACAUGCACUGCUCCGUGAUAUAUGAUAAGUUGUUAAAUUACAGUAUAAUAGAUCAUUUUGAGGGCGGCAUGUUGGUCUGAGCUGGUAAAGCGUUGGCAUCACAGUUCUGAGAACGUGGGUUCGAUCCCGGUCCCGCCUGUGUGGAGUUUGCAUGUUCUCCAAGUCUACGUGGGUUUUCUCCAGGCACUCCGCUUUCCUCCCACAUCCCAAAAACAUGCAACAUUAAUUGGACCCUCUAAAUUGCCCCUAGGUAUUAUUGUGAGUACAACUGUUGUCUGUCUCCGUGUGCCCUGCGAUUGGCUGGCAACCAGUUCAGGGUGUACCCCGCCUCCUGCCCUUUGACAGCUCGGAAAGGCUCCGGCACUCUCCGCGACCCUCGUGAGGAUAAGUGGCAAAGAAAAUGAAUGGAUGGAUGAAAUCAUUUUCAGCGUCACAGUUCUGGGAACCCGGGUUCAAUCCCGGCCCUUCCUGUGUGGAGUUGGCAUGUUCUCCCCACGCCUGCGUGGGUUUUCUCCGGGCACUUCACACACUUUCCUACCGCAUCCCAAAAACACGCAACAUUAAUUGGACACUAAAUCACGACCACCGUUUUGUCUUGUUUCAAAAAUAGCGUCAUCACAUUUUGCUGUAGUUUGUUGUUGCCACGCUUAACAUGGCCACCCUAUCGUUGUGAAAUAUCAGUCGUGUGUGUGUUUAUUAAACGCUAACAUUAGCAUGUCAGCAAGCUCUCAUUUUGCUGUUUGCAUUUCCAUCGUCUGCUUGCAGUUAUUUAUAUUUAAACAGCGGGCAAGCUUGAAAAUGCAACUCUCACAGCAGAACACUCAUCCAUCCAUCCAUUUUCUUUGCCGCUUAUCCUCUCCCGGCAGAACACUUCCUACCUAAUGCAAUGAACAUGAUGUUAAUGGGAAAUGUCCGUUUUUGGGGGCCAAAAGGAGGACGUCUCAAAAGCACCUUGGUGAUAUUGACUCUUUGAUUUCUGUACUGUAUCUGCUCUUGCUGGUUUGAGUAGUAUUUAUUCAGUGAACAUUCCUGACAAGCAGUCAUGUUUUGAAAAAUUUGUCUCUCCCUCUCCAACACUGUGAAACACGAGUCCGAGUGUACUUUUUUUUUUUGCCUUCAUUUGGGCAACCGAAUUGUGUCCGGUAUUCCCACAGAACCACCGGUUCACGUGUUCGUGUCUUUAUGAAGCCUUUGUACAAUAAACACUGCAGUUCAUUAAAAAAA